UAAUUUUUUUUUCUUAUACAGGAAAAAAGUAUAAAUCGACGUAGCACAGGCAUCCACGUGUCAUCCACGUAGGAUCCUACGUGGCUUAUGCCACGUGUACACACUCACCCCUUCCCCAAAAAACACACUAAACACUCUCACUAGAGAGAGACCCCAGCAACAAUGGCGUGAGAAAAAGCGCUCUCUCUCUCUCUCUCUCUCUCUCUCUCUAAGUUCUCUCUCUCUCUCUCUCUAAGUUUUCUCUCUCUCUCUUUCCUCGUUUACUAAAAAAAGCUAGAGAGAGAGAGAGAGAGAGAGAGAGAGAAGAAGCCAUUAUAGUACUCCGACAAAGCGCUCAGAGGCCCCUCUUCAAAAGCAAGCACUUUAGAGAGAGAAGCAACAACAUCAACAACAACAACGAGAAGCUUCUCUCUCUCUCUCUCUCUCUCUCUCUCUCUCUUAGGGUUUCGUGUUCAGUGCACGGCUCUAGUGCUCCCAUGGCGUAUUAGCCCCCCAAAUCGAGCGUAACAUCCCCCAAAAAUGAGGUACCCGGUCCCCCAUUUCGUUUCCAUCGUCGUCCUCCUCCUCCUCCUCAUCCCCUGCAUCUCCCAAUCCCUCGACGCGCCGCUGAGCGAGGACCUCCUCGGCCUCAUCGUCUUCAAAUCCGACCUCGCCGACCCCUUCUCCAAGCUAGCCUCCUGGGACGAGGACGACGACGACCCCUGCGGCUGGGACGGGGUCAGCUGUAACCCUAGAGCCCGCCGCGUCGUGGAGCUCUCCCUCAGCGGCUUCUCCCUCUCGGGGAAGCUCAACCGCGGCUUGCUCCAGCUGCAAGCGCUGCGGAAGCUCUCCCUCGCGAGGAACAACUUCUCCGGAGCCCUCAACCCCAGGCUCGCCCAGAUGGAGAGCUUGUGGUCCGUGGAUCUCAGCGAGAAUGCCCUCUCGGGCCCGAUCCCCGACGAGUUCUUCGCGCAAUGUAGGUCGAUUAGAGCUCUCAACCUUGCUAAAAAUGGUUUCUUUGGGCAGAUUCCGGGGAGCUUGGGCUCUUGCUCGACCCUGGUGGCGUUGAAUCUCUCGUCGAAUCGGCUCUCGGGCGCUUUGCCGAGCUCUUUGUGGUCUUUGUACGGCCUCCGAUCGCUCGAUUUGUCGGAUAAUUCAUUGGCGGGGGAGAUCCCGUGGGGGGUUAAUCGGCUUUAUAAUCUGAGGAGUAUUAGUUUGAGAGGGAAUCGGCUAAACGGUAAAGUUCCUGAAGACAUCGGAGGAUGCUUGCAAUUAAAAUCUAUUGAUUUCGGCGUGAAUUUGCUUUAUGGCAACAUUCCUGAAUCAAUGAGGAACCUCUCUUUGUGUAGUUACUUGAGCCUGGGAUCGAAUUCCCUUGCAGGAGAAGUCCCUUCGUGGAUCGGAGACUUGAGGAGUUUGGUGAGUUUGGAUCUUUCAAAUAAUGGGUUCUCCGGAAGUGUCCCUGAUUCAGUUGGCAAUCUCAUUUUCUUAAAAAGACUCGAUUUUUCCGCGAAUAGACUCGGCGGGAGCUUGCCGGAAUCAAUGGGCAAUUGUAGAAGCUUAAUAGAGGUCGAUUUUAACUGGAAUUCUUUGAUGGGUAAUCUCCCAAAAUGGGUUUUCAAAUUGGGACUGCAGAGGAUCUCACUCUCAGGGAAUCAAAUGACCGGGGCUAUCGAAGUUCCUUCUAAUACUCAGCAAUCUUUGACCAUUUUGGAUUUGUCUUCUAAUGCCUUCUAUGGUGGAAUUCCGAUUAAUUUCGCGAGCAUUUACGGAUUAAAGCUCUUGAAUUUAUCGUUUAAUUCGCUCUCGGGAUCUAUCCCCGUAAGCAUUGGAGACUUGAAAUCAUUGGAAGUGCUUGAUCUAAAAAAGAGCAAACUCACCGGAGAAAUCCCAACGCAAAUAGGAAAUUGCUCUCUCCUAACAUCCUUGAUACUAUCACAAAACAACCUGACAGGUCCAAUACCUGCGGCUAUGGCCAACCUAACCAAUAUUCAGAUCAUAGAUCUCUCCUUUAAUAACCUAACAGGCCCCAUUCCUAAAAAAUUCUCUGACAUCCCCCACCUUAUCUCCUUCAACAUCUCCCAUAACCUCUUCUCCGGCGACCUCCCUUCCGGGAACUUCUUCAACACCAUCCCACCCUCCUCUGUAUCGGACAACCCUGGAAUUUGUGGUGGAGUCGUCAACAAAUCUUGCCCUGGGGUCCUCCCCAAGCCAAUCGUCCUCAACCCUAAUUCCUCCUCCGCGAAUUCUAAUUCCUCGAACCCGGUUUUCUCCUCGGAUUUCCUUAAACACAAGAAGAUAAUCUUUAGCAUCUCGGUUCUCAUUGCCAUCGGAGCGGCCGCCCUUAUCGCGAUCGGUGUGAUCACCAUUACGAUUCUAAACAUUAGGGUCCGGUCUGCCGCGGCCCGUUCGGCGGCAGCAUUGGCCCUGGUGGAUGAUUACUACAGCCGUUCUCCUAGUCAUGAUUCAAACUCUGGAAAGCUUGUGAUGUUCUCUAGUAACGACCCGGACUUCAAUUUCGGAGAUCAUGCCAUCCUAAACAAGAAUUGUGAGCUCGGUCGUGGAGGCUUUGGUACUGUAUAUAAAACCAUUCUCAAAGAUGGGCGUAAUAUGGCCAUCAAGAAGCUCACCGUCUCGAGUUUGGUGAAGUCCCAAGAAGAUUUUGAGAGGGAGGUAAAGAAGCUAGGUAAACUGAGGCACCCUAACUUGGUUACUCUUGAAGGCUAUUAUUGGACCCCAUCUUUGCAACUACUUAUGUAUGAGUUUAUCCCUGGUGGUAGCCUAUACAAACACCUCCACGAGAGCUCGGGUUUGAUCCACCUCUCGUGGCAAGAGAGGUUCGAUACUAUACUUGGUAUUGCGAGGAGUUUAGCUCACCUCCAUAGGAUGAAUGUAAUUCACUACAAUCUUAAAUCAAGCAAUAUACUUAUCGAUGGGUCGGGUGAAGCCAAGGUUGCAGACUACGGAUUGGCGAAGCUACUGCCGACGCUCGACCGAUAUGUAUUAAGUAGCAAAGUGCAAAGCGCGCUUGGGUAUAUGGCACCAGAAUUUGCUCUGAAAACUGUGAAGAUCACCGAGAAGUGCGAUGUCUAUGGGUUUGGAGUUCUGGUUCUUGAGAUAGUGACGGGGAGGCGGCCGGUGGAGUACUUGGAGGAUGAUGUGGUUGUGCUCUGCGAUGUGGUGAGGGGGGCAUUGGAGGGAGGGAGGGCGGAAGGGUGCAUGGAUGAGCGGCUCGGUGGGAAGUUCCCCGUGGAGGAGGCGGUGCCGGUCGUGAAAUUAGGGUUGAUUUGCACGUCACAGGUGCCGUCGAACCGUCCUGAAAUGACCGAAGUGGUGAAGAUUUUGGAGAUGAUAAGGUGCCCACAAGAUAGCCUAGAGGAAGAACUGGGUUAAGCCGGUUCGGUUUCUUUUCGGUUUCUUAUUGUUGAAUCUUCUACAACAUUAAGAGAGGAAAAAGUAUGAAGAAUCAGGGGCUUAUGGGGAAACGGAAUCCGGUUUCUAUUUUGUUUUUUUUUUUUCCUUCCAUCUUUUUUCUCUUUCAGGAUGAUGAGAAGAAGAAGGAUAUUGAGCUACUUCUAGUCGAUAGGGUUUCAUGUCGAAUUAUGUCGCUUUUUCAGUUUUUGCUCACUUUUGUUGCCAUAGAGGGGAAGAGUGGUUCAUGUUACCCCAAUUAUGAGUUGUGUAUGAUGUUCUGUAAUACCGGAUUCCUUUUCACCUUGCCCUAAUAUUUUGAUUGAUACUUAAGAUUUGCACAUCCUUUUAAUGUUUCAAACAUUUAAAUACGUGUCGUCGAGUUGUGCGCG